UUGCCCGGGCGGAACGUUUCUAAGAGGAGCGCGGGAACGGAGACGUGCAGGGUCCGGAAGGUCUCGGGAAGACGUAGGAAAGGUUGCUCCGCUGCCAGGUGCUCCUGGGGAAAGCCGGGGUGCUGCCCCACGGGGGUGCUUCCCCAGGGGCUUCCCGUCCUGGCCGGCUGCCUGCCAAGGGCCCAGUAGGUACCGGGGAAGAUGACAGAGGAACUGGGUCUCCCGGGACAGGACUCUGAUGGCGGUAGUGAGGAGGUGGUCCUAACUCCCGCAGAGCUCAUUGAACGGCUGGAGCAGGCUUGGAUGAAUGAAAAGUUUGCCCCUGACCUUCUGGAAAGCAAGCCUGAAAUUGUGGAAUGUGUCAUGGAACAGCUAGACCACAUGGAAGAAAAUCUCAGGAGAGCAAAGAAGGGGGACCUGAAGAUCAGUAUCCAUCGAAUGGAGAUAGAGAGGAUCCGUUAUGUCCUUAGCAGCUACUUGCGGUGUCGGCUCAUGAAGAUAGAGAAGUUUUUUCCUCAUGUCCUUGAAAAGGAGAAAACACGCCAUGAGGAGGAGCCUUCCAGCCUUUCUCCAGAAGAGUUUGCCUUUGCCAAAGAGUACAUGGCGAACAUAGAGACCUAUCUAAAGAAUGUAGCCUUAAAGCAUAUGCCACCUAAUUUACAGAAAGUGGACCUCUUAAGGUCAGUUCCCAAACCAGAUCUAGAUUCAUAUGUGUUUCUGAGAGUGAAAGAAAGACAAGAAAACAUCCUGGUAGAACCAGAAACAGAUGAGCAGAGGGACUAUGUGAUUGACUUGGAGGAAGGCUCGCAGCACUUGAUCCGAUAUAAAACCAUUGCACCUCUGGUUGCUUCUGGAGCUGUACAACUAAUUUAAAACCAAAAAUAAAUAAACAAGAAUGAAGACAUGGAACCUUAGAGAAAAUAUUUAGAAACCUCACUUAUCACUCUGUGUCUAAGGACAACAGGCUUUUCUCAGCAGUGCUGUGAGUCACUUGGGCAUUGAGAAGGCACUCAGGCAGGGUUCCUAACUUGCACAUGCCCUAACUUCCUGCCGGUUUAUGUAGAAUCAGCAGGUGGGGCCAUCGCUCUGUUCAGUCUAUACUGGGCAAGUACAUGACUGACUCACUUUGUGCACCUUUUCCCUUUGGGUCAUUUUUUAAAAAAUAUUUUUACUGUAGAAAUGUGAGGGUUGUGUUUUUUUUUCUUUAAAUAUAUUUUUGUUGAUCUCAAGAGAGGAAGGGAGAGGGAGAGAGAGAUAGAAAUAUCAAUGAUGAGAGAGAAUCAUUGAUUGGCUGCCUCCUGUACACCUCAGACUGGGCAUCAAGCCCACAACCAGGGCAUGGGCCCUGACCAGGAACUGAACCGUAACCUCUGGUUUAUAGGUUGACGCUCAACCACUGAGCCAUUGCCAGCUAGGCCUUUUGUGAUAUUUUUUGAACUAAGGAAAGUGAGGCAAAGGUAGUUCAUAAAGAGGCAUCACUGCCUGUGAUAUGGGGACUCCUGGUGGUGGCAGGAGAAUUCAUUUAACCUUCCUAGUGGAAAGAGUGUAAAUAGAUGAAAGAAAACAGCUGUGACCUUCUUCUCUGAUAUGUCUCUAAAUUGUAUAAACCUUUGGAACCUCUAACAUUGGUCAUCAAACCAAUUUCUGUCUUGCUUAACUGGGAGUCACAACUAAACCAAUAAAUCAUUAAGUUUCAGUUUUGUGGCAGAAGGAGCCUGGGGACAGUUCUCGGCUUGUAGUUUAACACAGUAUGUUCUCCCUGCUGCUGACCUGCAGCCUUCCCGGAACCUCAGGCAGCUUCGCCAAGCCAGCCUCGAGGCCAUCUGGUCAUCCUUGGCCAAGGCGCUGUUAGCAGAAUGGCAUUAAUACCCUGUAUUGUGACUGCAGUAGCAGAUUUUCUUUUUUAAGCUUUACUUUAUCAGGGGAAACAGAUGACAUUAAAUUGAUGCGAAUGGAGAUUAUCACCCUGAUGCCUGAAGAAGGGAUGUGAACAGUGAAUGAAUUGUCUUCCCUCGAAACAUAAAAAGCAGUCUGCAUUCCAGUCUUUUCUUGCUUAAUGAAAAGGCAGGCGGUUUUUAUUUACGUCGUAUAGGCUGUUAGAGUAAUCAAUGUAAUAUUGCUAUGAUUUCCAAGAGAAAUUGCCAAAUGAAAGCAGGACGGUUUCAUUAAUAAAAGCCUUGUAGCCCUGAGCCCAGCUCAGUUGGAGUAUCAUUCCGUACACCAAAAGAUUGUGGGUUUGAUUCCUGGUCAAGGAGCAUACCUCGCUAGGUUGUGGGUUCGAUCUAUGGUCAAGGUGCAUAUGGGAGGCAACCAGUCAAUGUUUCUGUCUCUUUCCCUCUCUAAAAAUCAAUGAAAACAUAUCCUCAAAUAAAGCAUUUUAUAUUUUA